AUGCGUUGCAAUUUGAUAUCUUUCAAUUGGCGCCCCAGCCUCCGUGCUCGCGCUCCUGCGCGCAUGAACACCUCAUAUCCUCGCGCCGAGUCAACCCAAGCUUCCCGUAUCGACCGCAUCACAUCUAAGCUUCCUCGACGUUUACAAAAGUACACAAGCGGUUUACGCAACGCUCCAGUCUCGCACAUUGUUUCAUUCUUGAUUCUUCAUGAAAUCACAGCAAUUGUGCCUGUGCUAGGACUAUUUGGCCUCUUCCAUUAUACAAAUUACGUGCCAGUGGAAUACGUAACGGGCCACUUUGGAAGCUAUGUCGAAGAUGGAGUUGGUCGCUUUGAGAGGUACUUCACACGCAAGGGGUGGUUUGGUUUUGGCCAGAACGAAGAAGACAAGGCUUCAAAUGCAGCUACGACACAUCGGGACUCCAAAUCCGAGGAUGCAGUUGAGCGCUGGCAUAGUGGAGAUGGACGGUACAAAGUGGUAGUUGAAGUUGCUCUCGCAUACGCAAUUACUAAAGCUUUACUGCCGGUUCGUAUCAUCGGCAGUGUAUGGGCUACGCCAUGGUUUGCCGGAGUACUCAUGAGAGCCAAGGGAGUAUUCACAAGCAAGCCUUAG